AUGUCUUCGUCCAGCGAAGCCAGUCCCGGCAACUGGAUUACCGGCAGCUAUACGGGCGAUAGUAAUGGGGUGCGCAUCACGAUCGCGACCUUUGUGGGUGUCGCGUGGUACAACGUGUUGGAGUUGAUUGUACUCAUCUUCUUAACCUUCAAGCGCUAUGAGGGAUGUUACUUUUGGAGCAUGUUGAUUUCUUCUCUUGGAAUUAUUCCUUAUUCCGUCGGUUACUUGAUGAAGUUUUUCGCUUUGACGACUGCCACCUGGUUACCUAUCAGUUUACUCACAGUGGGCUGGUGGGCCAUGGUGACGGGCCAAUCGUUUGUUCUUUAUUCGCGACUGCAUUUGGUCGUUGAGAAUCAACGUAUUUUGCGCGCUGUCAAGGGCAUGAUUAUUAUGAAUAUUUUCUUUCUUCAUGUCCCUACUACGGUCUUGACUUUUGACUCCAAUUAUUCCGGGACUUACGCGUCUGUCUCCGGGUACGAUGUUAUGGAGAAACUUCAACUUACUGGCUUCUGCGUUCAAGAAGUUAUUAUCUCCAGUUUGUACAUGUGGGAGACUAACAGGAUGUUGAAGUUGAAUCCCGAUCGCGGUAGUCGGAAGACUAUUAUGCAGCUACUUGCUGUCAACGUCUCUUGUGUGUUGAUGGAUAUUGCAUUGAUGGUAAUCGAGUUUAUGAACUUCUAUAUCUACCAGACGACUCUCAAGGCUACUCUGUACAGCAUCAAGCUUAAGCUGGAGAUUGCUGUUCUUGGUAAAUUGGUCAACAUUGCCCAUCAACAUCUCUGGCAAUCGUCGUCUCGCGUUGGUCGUGGCCGUUACCCUUCCUUCGUCGAUCCUUCACAGAUCACCCCCAAUUUCAACAAUCCCGACUUUACCCACUCGGACUCCUUACCGACAAGUUCGGGGUCGAAAGGUCGCGCGACCGGAUUUGAAGCUAUCGAUUAUGAAGAACCAUGA